AUGGAGCCAGAAAAUAUCAGUCCCCUCAGCCCACGAGCGACGUACCUGAGCAGCUUCUCGGAUGAUCCCGAGGUUGCCUUCAACAAGACUCCCAUGGAGGUCGUGGAGUGCAGGCCAAAACACGUCUGCCGACAGUGCAAUGCCCGUUGGAGCGAGCCGGUGCCUCCGGUGGAGCUGGAGAAUACCGCCAUUGCUAGGCCGCUAAAGUUCAAAGAAAGGUUGAGCCAUAGCUAUACAAACCACCCCUGGAUUUACCGAGCCGUGUUCGUUCUCCUCGCCUCCGUCUUGGUCGUCGUGAUUGUUGUCUUGGCCGUUGUCCUCCGUCCACGACAUCCGACCGGUGCUCUAAAAGGCAUCGCAGGACUCGUCGCCUUGGAUAGAGGUGACGAUUCGCCGUUCGUCGACAUCUUCUUUUCCCAUGCGUCAGGCCAGAUUCGCCACAUCGUCUGGGAUGACAAGGAUCAGCGCUGGACCGGCGGUACGGCGUCUGACAACAUUUUGAGCUCGUCUGCACCUCCACCACGCAAGGGUGGGCCUCUGAUGGCCGUGACCUACAAGAUUGGAAUUGAAACUACCUGGAAAGUCUUCUACGUCGGCUCAGAUGACACUCUCCAAGAGACACAGGCUUCCACAGUUACAGAAGCGUUUCCUGUGAUGUGGCUUCCAGGCUCCCUCGGACUUCGCGGGUACAAAGCAAACUCAAGUCCAACCACAGGCCUGAGCGUCUGCAAAAACAUGCUCUGGUCCAGCGAUCCGACGGGCUUCCAAAACGGGUCUCUGGUGCUCCUUUACGGCGGCCAAGACGGCCACAACCACAUGCUCACUCACAGUGUCCAGGACACGGCGUGGUACCACAACCACACGUUCGAGAACUCCUUCGCUGCCUCCGGAAUCGAGUGCACGAGCCGCGGCGCCAGCAUCACCGACAUUUGGAUGCUCGACGCGAAACACCGACUGAUCCAAAGCUCCUUCGAAUUCGACCCGCGUUCCACCUCUUCCGCGUACCCAGCGGGCCAAUUCACGUCCGGCACCGUCUUCGACGGCCCGAUCCAGACGCCAACCCCGAUAUCCGCCAUCAAAUAUAGCGGCCCCACGCUCACGUACCACCAGAACUCGACUUUCGUCCGCUUCGUCGGCUUGGACGGCGUCGUGCGCGAGAUCAACGUCGCGACCUACGAUCGAUCCGGACCACCGGCCUUGGUCUCGACAUCGCGAUCCGUCGGCGAUGUCCAGAUUGACCAGAAAGGAGGCAAGAUCGCCAGCGUCGAGCUGCGCACGAUGGCGCAGGACCUGGACACCAAGGAGAGGGGCCAGGUCAGCUACGUCUUCUUGCAGUCCGUCGACCAGCCGACGCAGAUCUCGCCGCUAUCGCAGAAUUUCUAUGACAAUGCGAAUUCUUUCACUCUGGACGAAGACCACGUUUCGGAGAUUGGGCGUUGA